AUGCGGCCCACUCUCUCCCACGCAGAAAGCACCCGGCUCCCACGCAGAAAGCACCCGGCUCCCACGCAGAAAGCACCCGGCUCCCACGCAGAAUGCACCCGGCUCCCACGCAGAAAGCACCCGGCUCCCACGCAGAAAGCACCCGGCUCCCACGCAGAAUGCACCCGGCUCCCACGCAGAAAGCACCCGGCUCCCACGCAGAAAGCACCCGGCUCCCACGCAGAAAGCACCCGGCUCCCACGCAGAAUGCACCCGGCUCCCACGCAGAAAGCACCCGGCUCCCACGCAGAAAGCACCCGGCUCCCACGCAGAAAGCACCCGGCUCCCACGCAGAAAGCACCCGGCUCCCACGCAGAAAGCACCCGGCUCCCACGCAGAGAGCACCCGGCUCCCACGCAGAAAGCACCCGGCUCCCACGCAGAAAGCACCCGGCUCCCACGCAGAAAGCACCCGGCUCCCACGCAGAAAGCACCCGGCUCCCACGCAGAAAGCACCCGGCUCCCACGCAGAAAGCACCCGGCUCCCACGCAGUGCCACGGAGUACACACACGCUAUGCCAUAGUGCCAAGCAAAGAACAAGAUUUAUAG